CAAGCUGACAAGUACAAUUCGCCUAAUGCCAAAAUUGACAGUGCAAGAAAUAAUAAACAAAAUUAAAGGAUGGGCCGUGUUUUACCAAUUGCAGCGGCUUGUUUCUUGAAUGCAACUGGAACAUACCUAUUUAGAAACCCCGCGGAUUCAGGUUGCCUUCCUUAUGGAGCAUAUUUGCUGUUUCUCAAGGCCGUUUUUUGUUUACUUUGGAACAUACCUUCAAACCCCCAUCCCUCGUGUUUUCGCAGUCUUAAAAAACCAGUUAGGGAAGUUAUGGAGUUUUUCGUUGCCGCUCUUAUGGUUGAACUGCUUAUGUUAGAUUUUUGGUGUCCUCUCCAAUGUAAAUUUACGACAUUUAUAAGUACCAUUCCGGACCAUGUGCACGACGCUUCAACUUUAAUUGGUAUAGAUGGCACUGUCGUGGCGGAUCACUUGGAUAUACUACAAUCAGACGUGGUUGUAGGUGCGAGCAGUUAUGGGCUGAGUUUAUUUUUCUUACUAUGCGCAAUGCAUUCGUGCAGAGUGGUCGACUUAAGAUUGCUUAAACGCGGUGUACGUGUCUUUGGGAAGGACAUUGAAAAAAGGAUAAAGAAAUAUGCCAAGCGACUCGUAUCCUCCGUACACAAACAUGGCCUCAGACAUUCCUUGCAAAGUAGAAAACACUCAAGUGACACCCACCUCUACUUGUCCACCGACUCAGAAAGCAAUUAAUGCAUUUGUCCAUCUUAGAUAGUAACGUAUUCUCGCCAUCGAAAGAAACCAUUAGAAUUACCCAUAUAAAAUAAAAUUCGCAUGAUUCUCUGUUA